GUUAAUUUUCUAUUGAACAUUGUUGAGACAAGUUAUUUUAAUUGCGAAAAUAAAUUCUCAAAAGAAUGAACGUGUUUUUCUUUUCAAUGGUUUUGUCGUUGGCAAUAUAUGGCCCGUUGGUGUCUGGUAGAUACAAUGCAGAUAAUGCCGCCUUCAAGACCUUAAUAGAGGUGUUUGACCUCAAAGCGAAAGAUAUUGAUAAACGUAUCGAUUGGGAAAAUACUUUAAAACCUCUUUUCGCUCUUCCCAAUGACAUCCUAAGAGAUGACGAACAUGAUACACUUCAAUGGAUGGCUGACAUUAUCGAAGCAACAAAUAAUACAGAACUCGCAGAUGCUUUGGCCAAAAUUCCAAUAAUUGAAGAAGUCAAGUCGUAUCUUCAUAAAAUUUAUAAUGACAUCCAUACUGUUUAUGUAGGUAAUACAAAAAUCCUCCAAGUUUAUAGCAAAUAUGUGAGCCAAAAAUUGGAGGAGCCAAUAUGCAGAAAAUUGGAUGGAUUUGUAAUAGCAUUAGACAAAUUCAUCAAAAACCCGCUCAAAGAAAAGCGCCUACAGAAGAUCAGAGAAAAAUUGAUACCAUGCAUGCAAACAACGUAUAAUGAUAUCGUCGGAAAACUGAAAGUCAAGAACAACAUAGCAGUCAUAUUGAGAAAAAGUUAUGUCGCCCAAAUGGGAUUGGUUAAAACCGAGUUGAAUGGAUAUUUUGAACGUCCAAAGAUUCGCACACAGUUAUCUAUUUAUUUUGAAAAGCUAUCGGCUAAAGUAACGGAUUUACUCCAAAAAAAUGUUGCAUUGGAUAAACAGCUCCAAGAAAUUGUGCCGAUUCUGAAGGAAUACAUCGAAGAACGUAUUGUAUGGUCAGAGUGUUUGAUGGACAAACAAUUUCAAAACAAAAAUCAGAAGACACCAUGUCUUGGAAGUUGUAUUUGCUCAAUCGAUGUUAAAGAUUAGGAAAUAAAAGGGUUGAAGUUCAACAUCAUUCACAAUCAAUUUAGAAACAAUUCAUCCUUUGACACGUUGAUUAUAGCUGUAAUGCGUACAUGGCAUGUCAAUAAAAUGUCUUUAAAUUGAAAAUAA